AUCCGUAGUGUAGCUGUUCCCGUGCUGUUCCACCCCGAUCUGCACAAAGAAAACAUAAUUGUAGCAGAGGAGGAUCCCGGUAUUAUCACACCUAUCAUUGACUGGCAAUCGUCGAGCAUUGAGCCAGCUUUCUGGCCCGCAGACGAGGUCCCAGGUCUCGCGCAACGCAUCCCCGAUCCUCCAGACAAAGACCCAAAUGAACCCAAACGUGAAGCGUGUGCCAAAGUGUUCGUCGCCAGUAUUCAACUGGCUUGGGACAAUGGGGCCGUUGCUUUCCGCGAGGAGCUUAUCCGGACAUCGAUGCAUUUGGUUGAGCUUGGUUUCUCGGAACCGUGUCCG